CAAAGUUCCUUGUUUCGUCUCCUCCAUCUUCUUCAAUCUUUGCUUUCAGCUCCAAUAUUUUUCAAGCAAGUUACUUUCACUAUUCAUUAUUUUGUUGCACUUAUAAUUAUUUAUUAACAUGUUAUCCCCUUUCCCCCAUUCAUAUGUGUGCACCAAUCGUUCAGAUUUAAUUUCCUUUCAAUUCAUGUUGAUUUUCUUCAUUAGCAUUCGAUGUUUCAGGUUUAAUUUGUUGAUUGAUAUACCAAAAGCAAUUUAUGAAAGAACCCUAGUGAGUUUUGACUUUUGAUCGACGAGAGAUCGCGAUGGGGAGAGGAAAGAUUAUCAUUCGCAGGAUUGAUGAUACAUCUAGCAGGCAAGUGACUUUCUCAAAGAGAAGAAAAGGGUUGUUGAAGAAAGCAAGAGAACUUUCUAUUCUCUGUGAUGCUCAAGUUGGACUCAUGGUGUUCUCCAGCACUGGAAAGCUUUAUGACUAUGCAAGCACCAGCAUGGAGUCAAUCAUUGAGCAUUAUAACAAACUAAAAGAGGACCAUCCUCAACUAAUGAGUUUUGCGUCAGAAAUCAAGUUUUGGCAAAGAGAAGCGGCAAGCUUGAGGCAACAACUACAACAUUUGCUUGAAUGCCACAGGCAAUUGAUGGGUCAAGAAGUUUCUGGUUUGGGUUUUAAUGAGCUACGGCAUCUAGAAAAUCAACUGGAAAUCAGCUUGAAGAACAUUCGCAUGAGAAAGGGUCAAAUUUUUAGUGAUGAUAUCAAAGAUUUACACCAAAAGGGAAGCCUCAGUCAUCAAGAAAAUGAAGAACUUUAUAAGAAGAUAGACCUCAUCAAUAAGGAAAAUGCAGAACUCAGGAAGGUUAUAGAAGCAAGGCAUGGAGAAGAAGAAAAUGCACCAUCCAUUAAUCAUUCAUAUACUAUCAGCAAUGGAUCAGAUAUACUUGAGCCAAUCAGUCUCCAGCUAAGGCAGCUACAACCCCAAUACAAUGAACCAGCAACCAAAACAAUGAAUCUGGGGUUGGCUUUUCAUUUGUGACAAGGCAUCAACAACUAACAGCAUGUUUGGAUAUCAGUUGGUUGAACUUUAAAAGCAAAUUUCCCUCUUUCCAAUACAAAAAAGCCAAGGGAUGCAGUGAGAGGGAAUGUGCUUUUACUUCUGUUCAACUUUUAAGCAAAUAUGAGAUGAUCUAUCUAGAAGCUUUUAUAUACACUAGCUGUCAACAAUAAACUCUGAAAUUACCUCUGUAAUAUGCAAUAAAGAUACCAUCAUUGUGCUGGUAUUGUUUUAUAAUUUCUAAGAGUUUGUAUAUGAGCUUGUAUAGGAGCUUGCAAUUAAGAUACCUUAUUUGAUAAGAUGAUCUUAAUUACAGAGAUAUGGUAUUCUAAGUACA